UUCUGUAACUUCCAUGGCAGAGUCACUGAGAAUCACAACCCAUUUUAAAAGUCAAUUCCCCCAAAACUAAGCAAAGCCCAGAUACCAAUUAAGACUGAAGGAGUUGGAGUUGUUUUUCUUUCAUCGAUACACUCCCUGUACCAAGCAAAAUGGCGGUGUUAUCUCCGCGUCUCCUCUCUCUAGUUCAGUUAGUGUUCAUUGCCUUAUUACUCUCCACAGAAAAGAUUGGUGCUAAGCACGUGCUGAUUCCUACUGAUGUUUCUUCUGGGGAAAGUCAUUCAAAAGAAUAUUGUGCAAUGUAUGAUAUAUGCGGAGAAAGCAGUGAUGGGAAAGUGCUAAAUUGUCCUUAUGGUUCUCCGUCGGUGAAGCCUGAUGAGCUAUUUUCUGCCAAGAUUCAAAGCUUGUGUCCAAGUAUAAGUGGAAAUGUUUGUUGUACGGAGGCUCAAUUUGAUACACUGCGGGCACAGGUUCAACAAGCCAUACCUUUUCUUGUUGGUUGUCCAGCGUGCCUGAGGAACUUCUUGAAUCUCUUUUGUGAGCUUUCUUGCUCACCGAAUCAAAGUCUAUUCAUCAAUGUGACUUCUAUCUCCAAGGUUUCUGAAAAUUUGACUGUGGAUGGUAUUGACUAUUAUGUAACUGAUUCCUUUGGAGAGGGAUUAUACAACUCUUGCAAGGAAGUAAAGUUUGGGACAAUGAAUACAAGAGCCAUAGAUUUUAUUGGUGCUGGUGCUAGAAAUUUCAAAGAGUGGUUUGCAUUUAUUGGCCAGAAAGCAGAGCCGGGAUUCCCUGGUUCACCUUACGCAAUCAAAUUUAGGUCAAGCAUUUCAGAGUCCUCUGCAAUGGAACCUAUGAACACAAGUAUCUAUUCAUGUGGUGACACUUCUUUGGGCUGCUCUUGUGGUGAUUGCCCUUCAUCUCCUGCAUGUGCUAAUUCAGAUCCUCCCUCUCCGCCCAAAAAACAUUCCUGCUCUGUUAGAAUCGGGCAUCUUGAGGUCAAAUGCUUUGAAUUUUCAUUAGCAAUUGUCUACAUUAUAUUGGUUUCUGCGUUUUUUGGGUGGGCUUUAUUUCUUCGGAAAAGUGAUAGGAGUCAUCAAUCUAGCCUGGAACCACUGUUGAGUGAAGGUGAAAUCCAUUCUGAGGACAUGCAUAUGAGCGACUUUUCAAUGAAGGUGUAUAGGAUGAAUCCCCAAGUCCGGAAUGGGGUCUCUGUCAUUCAAGAAUAUAUGUCAAGCUUCUUCAGGUGGUAUGGAAGAUGGGUUGCUAGAAAUCCCACUCUUGUGCUUUGUUCUUCGGUGGCAAUUGUUCUCUUGCUUUGUUUAGGCUUAAUUAAUUUCGAGGUGGAAACUCGACCUGAGAAGUUGUGGGUAGGUCCUGGUAGUCGAGCAGCAGAAGAGAAACGGUUUUUUGACAGCCACCUAGCUCCCUUCUACAGAAUUGAGCAGCUUAUAUUAGCAACCUUACCAAAUCCGAAGGAUGGGAAACUGCCCAGUAUUGUUACAGAGGAUAAUAUACAGCUACUCUUUGAUAUACAGAAGAAGAUUGAUGGAAUUCGUGCAAAUUAUUCUGGUUCAACUGUAUCUCUUACUGACAUUUGCUUAAAGCCUCUUGGCCAGGAUUGCGCGACGCAAAGUGUUUUGCAGUAUUAUAAAAUGGAUCCUGAAAAUUACGACUACUAUGGAGGAAUCAGUCAUGCCGAGUAUUGCUUUCAGCAUUAUACUUCUGCAGACACAUGUCUGAGCGCAUUUGAGGCCCCACUUGAUCCAAGCACUGCUUUAGGAGGAUUCUCUGGAAACAAUUACUCCGAGGCUACUUCAUUUGUUGUUACCUACCCAGUUAAUAAUGCAGUUGAUGAAGCUGGCGAUGAGAAUGGAAAGGCAGUAUCCUGGGAAAAGGCUUUCAUUCAGUUAACAAAGGAUGAGCUGCUACCAAUGGUACAGUCUAGCAAUCUCACUCUUUCAUUUUCAUCCGAAAGUUCUAUUGAGGAAGAAUUGAAAAGAGAAAGUACUGCAGAUGUUGUAACAAUAGCUAUAAGCUAUCUUGUAAUGUUUGCUUAUAUAUCCGUGACACUGGGGGAUGCGCCACGGUUAUCUUCUUUUUACAUCUCAUCAAAGGUUUUGCUUGGUCUUUCCGGAGUUUUGCUUGUCAUGCUUUCUGUCCUUGGAUCUGUUGGAUUUUUCAGUGCUAUCGGGGAAAAGUCUACGUUAAUCAUUAUGGAAGUUAUUCCUUUCUUGGUUUUGGCUGUGGGAGUAGAUAACAUGUGUAUAUUGGUGCAUGCUGUGAAACGGCAACCAUUGGAGCUACCAUUGGAAGUACGAAUAAGCAAUGCAUUGGUUAAAGUUGGACCAUCCAUAACGUUAGCAAGUAUAUCUGAAUUUCUGGCAUUUGCAGUUGGAAGUUUCAUUCCAAUGCCAGCUUGUCGUGUGUUUUCCAUGUUCGCAGCUUUGGCUGUUCUACUGGAUUUUCUUUUGCAAGUUACUGCUUUUGUUGCGCUGAUAGUUUUUGACGCUUUGAGAAUUGAGGAUAAUCGGAUUGACUGCUUUCCAUGCGUAAAAGUUUCUGCUUCUGGAGAACCCAACGAAGGCAUUAGUCAAAGAAGAGGCGAACUGCUGGCUUGGUAUAUGAAGGAAGUUCAUGCACGUAUACUAGGACUUUGGGGGGUGAAAGUAUUCGUUCUUGCUAUCUUUGUUGGUUUUGCUUUGGCAAGCAUCGGACUAUGUCGAAGGAUAGAAGCUGGUUUAGAGCAGAAUAUUGUUCUUCCUCGUGACUCUUAUCUUCAGGGGUAUUUUAGUAAUGUUUCAGAAUAUCUCAGAGUUGGGCCUCCACUGUAUUUUGUUGUUAAGAAUUACAACUAUAGCUUAGAAUCAAGAGAUACAAACAAGCUCUGUUCCAUUAGCCAGUGUGAUCCAAACUCUCUUCUGAAUGAGAUAUCUAGAGCAUCUUUAAUACCAAAAUCAAGCUACAUUGCUAAGCCAGCUGCCUCAUGGCUUGAUGACUUUCUUGUAUGGAUAUCUCCAGAGGCAUUUAGUUGCUGUCGGAAGUUUAUAAAUGGUUCCUAUUGUCCACCUGAUGAUCAGCCGCCGUGUUGCUCACCUGAUGAAGGACCUUGUGGCUUAGGUGGAGUCUGUGCAGACUGUACAACAUGCUUUCGCCACUCGGACUUGGUUGAUAACCGUCCACCUACAGAGCAAUUUAAGGAGAAGCUUCCUUGGUUUCUUGAUGCACUACCAUCUGCUGAUUGUGCAAAGGGUGGUCAUGGGGCAUACACCAACAGUGUGGAUCUAAAUGGCUAUGAGAGUAGUGUUAUAGGGGCGUCAGAGUUUCGUACAUAUCACACACCGUUAAACAAACAGGGUGACUACGUUAAUUCAAUGCAAGCCGCACGGGAGUUCAGUGCGAGAGUGUCUGAUUCAUUGAAGAUGGAUAUCUUUCCAUAUGCGAUGUUCUAUAUCUUCUUUGAGCAAUAUUUGGAUAUAUGGAGGGUAGCAUUGACCAAUAUUGCUGUGGCUCUUGGUGUUAUAUUUAUUGUCUGCCUUGUCAUUACAUCCAGUUUCUGGAGUUCAGCAAUCAUUUUACUUGUUUUGGUGAUGAUAGUUGUGGAUCUCAUGGGUGUAAUGGCAAUUCUGGGUAUUCAACUAAAUGCAGUCUCUGUUGUAAAUCUUGUAAUGUCAAUAGGAAUUGCUGUUGAGUUUUGUGUGCAUAUAGCACAUGCCUUCCUGGUAAGCCAUGGGGAUAGGAACCAGCGAGCCCAGGAGGCUCUGGGCACCAUGGGAGCUUCAGUCUUCAGUGGAAUUACACUCACAAAGCUAGUUGGAGUCAUUGUCCUUUGCUCUGCAAGAUCAGAAAUUUUUGUGGUCUAUUACUUUCAAAUGUACCUCGCAUUGGUUAUCAUUGGUUUCUUGCACGGGCUUGUGUUUUUACCAGUUGUGCUGAGUAUGUUUGGUCCACCCUCGAUGCAUAUUGUUAUCGAGAAACAGCAAGAAGAUGAUGAGCCUUCUGCUCCGUCGCAGUUGAGCUGAGCUGAUCUAGGGAGUGCCAUAACUUGCUUGUUCUGGCUCUACCAAAGCGCGUUGAUUUUAUACAAUGUUAGAACACAUCCCUUGAUGAAACAUGUUGCUACACCUUAACAGUUUCAAAUCAUAGGAAAAAAAUCGUUAAAUUUUUAGUUGAUAUUACAUCUCUUAGCUCCCAUCCCAUAAAAUGGUUUGUUAUUUUGCAUCAGUAAAAAUCUCUGAUAACUUUACCCCUUGGAUCUUUGUAAGAAAAUUGUAUUUGUCCCUUUA